UUAUUUUUCAGCCAUUCAACAUCCUAUAAGUUAAUCAAAAUUGAAAUGCAAGUUUAAUAUUAUUUCAUAUUAUAAAAUCAUUAAAUGUUAUAUAAUUGCCUGAUGUAAUUUAUUAAUUGUCAUAUAAUAUUAAUACUUGUGCAAUAAAUGAAGGUCAUUUUGUAAUGUUAUAAAAAAUAUAUAAAUAUUUUAUAAAAGUGAAAGUAUCUCAGUGUUUCCAAAUCAGUUCUAGUCAGUAAGAAAAAUUUUUAACUAUUCUCAGUUUGGAAAAAAUUAACUUAUUGAUUAUUUAUCCUUCGAAUAUUCGUUAUAUAAAUAUCAUUUUUAUUUAAAAUAUAACAGUGAAUAAAGGAUAAUUGAACUACGUAAAAGUGUUAUAAAUAUUGGAUACUUCACUGAUUUUUUAUUACAACGUGUUCGUGAUAUGAAUGACAUUUAGGUUAUGUACAUAAAGAUAAUAUAUUAUUAUGACAAUGAUUACAUCAUUAAGAAGAUUUUUGAAAACGGCUACAAUAAGUACAAUAGCUGUAGGCACUUUGGUAUCCUUAAGAGCUAACGAAUAUGAUAUUGGAUCAAUUGGUAUUGUACGCCUUGGACGUGCUGCUCUUACCGUCUUUGUAAUAGGUAAUCAUUAUAAAAAAGAACUCUACAAUAGCAAUUUAAAAAGUACAUCACCAGAAUAUUUAGAAUUAAAAUCAAAAGUACACAAAUAUGGAGCAGAACGACUUCUAGAACUUUGUUGUGCCAAUAAGGGUGUAUAUAUAAAAGUUGGUCAGCAUAUUGGAGCAUUAGAUUAUUUAUUACCAACAGAAUAUGUUAGUACAUUGCGUGUUUUACACAGUUCUGCUCCACAGUCAUCGUUCAAAGAUGUCCUCAGAGUAAUAAAAGAAGAUUUCAGAAAAGAUCCAUAUGAUAUAUUCGAAGUCAUCGAGCCAACACCUUUGGGAACCGCAAGUCUUGCACAAGUUCACAAAGCUGUACUUAAAAAUGGCAAUGUUGUAGCAGUUAAAGUUCAACAUCGUACUGUCAAGACCAAUGCUUUUGUUGACAUAAAAACAAUGUCAGCAUUAGUAAAAAUUACAUCUUAUAUAUUUCCAGACUUUAAAUUCGAUUGGUUAGUUGAUGAAAGUAAGAAAAAUAUACCACAAGAAUUAGAUUUUACUCUAGAAGGAAGAAAUGCAGAAAAGAUACAAAGCCAAUUUUCUCAUUAUAAUUGGUUAAUAAUACCAAAAAUAUAUUGGGAUUUAUCAUCUCAACGAGUUUUAACUAUGGAAUUUUUAGAAGGCGGUCAAGUUAAUGAUCUUCAAUAUCUACGAAGCAAAAAAUUAAAUCCAUAUGAAGUCAGUAGUAAAUUAGGUCGUUUAUACAGUCAUAUGAUAUUUAUUAGUGGAUUUGUACAUUCGGAUCCUCAUCCUGGAAACAUUCUUGUUAGAAAUAAUAAUUCAGAAGCUGAAAUAAUUUUAUUGGAUCAUGGAUUGUACGCGAAUCUUUCCAAUGAGUUUAGAUGGGAAUAUUCUAAAUUAUGGUUAGCAAUAUUGAACGGAGAUAAAUUUGCUAUGCAAAAACAUUGUACGAAUUUAGGUGUAGGUGAUCUUUACGGAUUAUUAUCGUGUAUGGUAUCUGGUAGAACGUGGGAUACUAUAAUGUCAGGGUUGCAGAAAAAAAAAUACGACAAACACGAGAAAGAACUUUUUCAAAAAGAAAUACCUAAUUUAUUACCACAAAUUAGCGAUGUAUUGCAAAGGGUUAAUAGGCAAAUGUUGUUAAUUCUUAAAACUAAUGAUCUAAUGCGUGGAAUUGAACAUUCUUUGAAGACGCAAAAUCGAAUGUCUUCGUUCAUGGAAAUGUCCAAAUGUUGUAUUCAAUCAGUUUAUGGAGAGAAAUUAAAAUUCUGUUCGAGCGAAUGGAAACGAUGGGAGUUGAGUUUUCUCGAACAAUGGGCUCUAAUGAAAUUAUCAUUUUAUUAUGUCUACUUAGGCUUAUUUCAUUUCAAUAUAAACAAAAGUAUUGAGUCGUACUUGGCAAAUGAUUUCUACGCUUUCUAGUCAAAUUUACAAUUGGAUAGCAAACAAUAUACUAAAAAAUAAUAUAACAAUUUUAUAUAUUCUUUUACCGAUUUAAAAAAAGAUUUAG